GUAGCAUACCUAACAUGCAAGGUACUCUCAUCUAGCCCAACCUAUGUACCAUAAAAUACAAACAGCUUCAUUACGACACUUGCAGGUUGUGUAUUCCGAAUUACAACUUACAUCGUGUCUGAAAUCGUAUCCAUUCCAUCCAUGAGAAUAGGUGAGUUUGCACCGUUUGUUUCAAUCGUAGUCGGAGACCGACGGCGCCAUUUUCCCAAUCCAGACCAUCAAUUCCCGUGGCCGUAUUAUUUCCACACCUUCAAUUUGUCAGUUCGAUCGUUUCUCAGUUACUUCAUUCUUUCCUCGUGGUUCCCCCGUUCGAAUACAAGAAAAAAUCACAAUGGGUUUCGGAAGUCCAGGCAGUGGCGUCACUCCCACCAAGCCCACCCCUCCCGAGCGCGGUAGUUUCCCGCUUGACCAUGAAGGCGAAUGCAAACACCUCAUCGCCGGUUACCUGAAAUGUAUCAAGUCCCAGCGCGGUGUCAACGAUGAGGAGUGCCGGAAGUUGGCUAAGGGAUAUCUGGCUUGUCGGAUGGAUAAGAACUUGAUGGCACCAGACGACUUCAAGAAUCUGGGACUUAUCUUCGACAAGGAAAACAAGAAUGCCAAUGAGAAGUCGUGAUGUUGUCCAAGCUUGGUGCAGUUGUAUGAUACCAUGUAUGAUGUUUAGAUAUCUUCUGUUCUCUUGGGCGUUGCCGGGUUGUGUAUAUAUCUAGUUUCAUUUGUACAAUACGUCCACUCAAAUAGGAUAAAGUCAUAAAGUUUCAAAA